GAUCAAGCUGAGCCUUUUCAAGUUAUUCCCUCUGCUGGCUGUGUCAUUUUUUCAUCCCUUGAUUCUCCUCUGCCUUGUUACAUCUCGGGACCAUAUACAAUAUUAUUCAUCACCAGAUAGUAACACUACAGUGCAAGCAUGUUGGAGAUACAAUAACACCUCAAUAAAGCGGAGGCAUCAUUUCAUCUGUAUGAUGAAACAUCCACCGCCAUGACCGCCGAGUCGAAAAGGAGUCUCUCACACAAUGACUUUACGGUUGGAUGGCUAUGUGCUCUUUCCAUCGAGUUAACUGCAUCAAGGGGAAUGCUAGAUGAAAUUUACCCAGACCUUGAUCAAGCCGAGGGUGACGACAACAUCUACACCCUCGGUCGGAUUAAAGAACAUAACAUCGUUAUCGCUUGUCUUCCAGCCGGUACUACGGGAACAACACCCGCAUCCAAGCAAGCAGCAGAUAUGCUUCGAACCUUUCCAAGGAUUCGGUUUGGACUCAUGGUAGGUAUCGGUGGAGGAGCUCCAUGUGCCAACAAACUCCCCACUGAAGAUAUCAGACUCGGCGAUGUCGUUGUGAGCACUCCAGACAAAACUCUCGGUGGAGUAGUCAAAUAUAACCACGGAAAAGUCGUAGCUGGUGGCGAGUUUGAGCGCACCGGUAUACUUAAUAUGCCGCCCACCCAGCUACGAAACGCGGUGUCAAAAUUACGGUCUAGGCAUGAGGAAUAUCGUAAUGCAAUUCCCCGAUACGUAUCACAAAUGAUCGAGAGGGUAUCGGGGUCCGAUGAUGCAAAUCCGCGGUUCAGAUACAUGUUUUGUCAUCAGGGCUCAGAGAAUGACCAUCUUUUUGAAGCAUCCUACGAGCACGACGAAUUUGCAAAGCCAAUACACGCUAUGAAGCCUACUUUAAUCCCCGCUGUGGGAUUGUUGGGCUGCGCUAUAACCAUCACUGCGAGUGCUGUCGUCAUGCAACAGCUGCCCUGGAGCAGUACUAUUGCAAUAUGCUCCGUGGUGUACAGCAUCGCUGUGAUAGCAUUUGCUUUCGGCUUUCUCACAAGAAAGCAGAGUCCACUAAAAAAUACCCUCAAUGAUCCUAAAAUCCCUUGCCCACAUUGCGAUAAAUCGCGUCUGGUUUAUCGACAGCCCCGGGAGACCAAUGAUCCUGUCAUUCAUUAUGGCACUAUUGCAUCUGCUGAUUUGGUUAUGAGGCAUGCGAUCACGAGGGAUAAACUCCAGCAAAAGUACAACAUACUAUGCUUUGAGAUGGAGGCAGCAGGGCUGAUGAAUGAUUUCCCUUGUCUCGUUAUUCGAGGAAUCUGUGAUUAUUCGGAUACUCACAAGCAUAAGCUCUGGCAAAGGUAUGCUGCUGCAACGGCAGCUGCAUAUACCAAGGAGCUUCUUGAGAUUAUCCCCCCUGCCGAGGUGACAAAAAUGGGGCCAGCAGCGGAUAUAGUAGAUAUUGUGCGUAAUGAAUUUGCUACGAUGCAUGCUGAAAUGAACAAAAGCCUUGACCCUCUACUGAAUGAGCAGGUGGAUAAGGAACAUAACAAGAUCUUGAAUUGGCUGGCUCCUUCAUCCCAUGAAUCACAACAUCUGGAUGCUUAUAAAAAGCACCAGCCAGGUACUGUAAGAUGGUUCCUAGAGUCUCAAGAGUUCCUCAGCUGGAUGAGCGGGAAUAUACCAGCUCUUUUUUGCCCCGGUAUACCUGGUGCUGGUAAAACCAUACUGGCUUCGAUGGCAAUAAAGCAUCUACAAGAGCAAACAGAUGGCCAGUCAUGCAUCACUUUCCUGUACUGCAACUACGCAAAGAGACAAGAGCAAACAACAGAAAACCUUCUAUCUACCCUUCUGAGACAUGUUGCUGAGCAAUGCGACCUCAUUCCGGAGUCAGUCAGCUUGCUUUAUGAGUCGCAUAAAAAGAAGCAUGUAAAGCCGACUGCUGAGAGCUUAUUGGACACGCUUAUUCAAAUUAUCAGGGCUCAAAAUCGAGCAUUUCUCGUGGUUGACGCUUUGGACGAAUGCUCGGAUGAGACUUGGAAGGGUUUGAUCAAUGCAAUUAGAAAGUUACAAGACACUACUCGUCUGGGUUUUAUGGCAACAUCGCGCCCUUCACUAGAGCGAGAAAUCCAAGGCGCUCUGCGACUAGAAAUUCGUGCAAGCCAAAACGACAUUGAGAGCUACUUGGACGAUCGUUUUCAGGAGUUAUCGAAAUGCGCCCAGCAAAAUAGUGGAUUAAAGGAGAAAAUAAAGCAACAAAUCUGUGAGGCAGCUGAUGGCAUGUUCCUCCUCGCCACCCUUCAUAUGGAUUCAUUGAAAGACAAAAGAACGCCGAAUGAAUUCAGAAUAGCUCUCCAAAGCCUUCCAAAAGGACUGGGGGCAUUGGAUAUGGCAUACGACAAUGCGGUACGCAGAAUUGAUGACCAAGGAGCAAAUUCUCGUACAUGGGCCCGUCGUGUCCUAUCCUGGGUGUUUCAUGCCAUACGGCCAUUACGGCCGAUUGAGCUUCAACAUGCUCUAGCCAUAACAGCAGGGGGCUGUCAACUUCAAGAGGAUAGUCUCCCAGUUUUUGAGGAAGUUACCUCCCUCUGUGCAGGACUUGUCAUACUCAAUCAGGAGAGCCAUACUAUCCAACUGGUUCACUACACGACUCAGGAGUAUUUCAGUAACCUUGACUGGAUUCAAGCAUCAAUCGGCGAUAUUACAACAAGCUGCAUCACAUACCUCCAAUUUGACGAUUUUGAAAGCGGCUCCUGUCCAUCGAAAGAAGAAUUUGAGAAACGGAUUGACCUAAAUCCAUUUUACAUAUAUGCUUCUUCUAGCUGGGGGCAUCAUGCCCGCGCUUUAUCGAUCGAAAAGGAAGGUCUAAUUAUGGGAUUUCUUGAAAGUAAGGCCAAGGUAUCCGCUUGUAGCCAGGCUCUUGUGAAAUCCAGAUUCUGGUGGGUAAAGGAUGAGGAUGUUCCUGGGCAAGCGACUGGAGUUCAUCUUGCUGCCUAUUUCGGCCUACAAAAAGCCCUCGUAGCUCUAUUAAGCAGAGGGCAUGACAAAGAUGCCAGAGACGGCUACGGUCAGAAUCCUCUCUACUGGGCGGUUGAGGGCGGAAAUGAGGAAGUAGUGGCUUUACUUCUUUCCUGUGGCGCUAAUCCAAACUUUUAUACUGGAGAUGUCCAUUGGACGCCGCUCCUCCGUGCCAUACUUCGUGAAAACGAGAACUUAAUAAGGCUCUUACUUGAAAGCCAUGCUGACCCUAAUUUUCGCUCACAAGGUCUCACACCACUCAUUUUCGCUAUAUCCCUUAAACAUGAAAAGACUGUCAAAAUCCUACUUGAAUACGCUGAUCCAAAUCUCUACUCAAACGGUCACACACCACUCACUUUCGCUGUAUGCCUUCGGCAUGAAGGAAUCGUCAAAAUCCUGCUUGAAUACGCUGAUCCAAAUCUCUGCUCAGACGGUCGAACACCACUUUCUUACGCGAUACGCCAUAAACAUGAGAAGGCAGUGAGACUACUGCUUGAAAGCCAUGCUGACCCAGAUUUUGGAGGAGUCCAAAAUGCAAUACCACUGCUUAUGGCUCUACUCCGGAAACACGAAGGAAUUAUCAAGCUUUUGCUUCAACACAUUGGUCCAAACCUCUGCUCAUAUGGUCCCGCACCGCUGAUUUUUGCUGUAGUCCAGGGGUAUGAAGCAGGAGUGAAACUGCUGCUCGAACUUUAUGCUGAUCCAAAUCUCUGCUUAGUAAAUGUAGAAGGGGAUAUGCAAGACGCGAUUCGCAUUGCUAAAGAACUUGGGGAUGAAGAAAUACUCGAGUUAUUACUUGAUAGCAGCAAGGCUUUAGGUUUGGAGCACUAAGGUUUUACACACUCGUCGAUCAUGGAAGACAAGCAUACACCAAAUUUCUCUUCAGCAUCAAAUCGUGUACAUUAACAGAAUAAUAGCAUAUUGUAU